GGCGUCCACCGUGCACAUGGCCCGCUGAAAGAUAUUCUCGUCCGUCAGAGUCGAUCGCGCGUCUCAUUCCCGGGAGCUCCUUCGUCGACGACCGUGUCGUCUCUCCCAGCGAGUGCUGCGUGAGCUGCUCUCCUCUCCGUAUACCGCCUCAUUUUCUUUCUUUCUCCUCUCUCUCUCUCCCUCCCUCUCCCAGUUCGUUUCUACGCACGGACUUUUCGCAGCGUGUAGCGGCGUGCGCGAGCGGUCGACGACGCGCCCGAUGGAGUAGUCUCCUUUUUUUUUUUUUCCUUUUCUUUCUCCUCGGAUCUUCGCCGUGCGACGGAAAAUUCCUCCGCGAAAAUUCCGACGGAAAUCCCCGGAGUCGACGUGUAGUGCGUUUCCCGCCGAGCUGUGACACUCAUCGUUCGGGUAUCCUGAGACGCGUUCGCGUCUCAACGUGUCGCCCAAACCACGGACGAUCGUCCGUCCUAACGAGACUCGCGUGAAACGCUCGCUUAAACGCUUGUUUACUCGCGCGACGUAUCGUCGUCAUCGGUCGACGACGCACCUCGCUCGUUAUCGCUCCAAAUCGUUGAGGUGAUAAGCGUUAACGUUCCGUUCAACUUUCGUCAUUUUCCCCGGGGCGCAUCCACGUCUUCCGUUAUUCCGGACGUUAUCCCUAACCUGGUGCUUUCGCGCGUGCUUCAACUGUAAAUAGGGAGUGUACAUAGUGAUACGGUGAGUGCUUAGGUGCGUGAGGUUUUAGUUGGCAAUGAGUUCAAGCAACAAAUCCUUGGUGUCCUCUGGUGGAAGAGGCACCAAUAAAAAUAAAUCACAACAACAUGGCAAAUCUGAUCACCAUCAAACUAAAUCAUCAGAUUCGUCCAAGCAUGACAAGGCCCAGCAAAACACAAAUCAAAUGCGCAACGCGCAAAUCAUCGAUACCAGAAUGGCGGGAGGCGAGGAUCCUAUCUUGAAGGAGCGCAUCAAGCAGGUCAUGGAUAUGACUCGACGUUCGGAAGACGAGGUGAUCAUGGCUCUGCACGAUAGCGACGGGGAUUUGGACCGCGCUGUUAAUGAUCUUCUGGAAGGGGUGAAAACAGAGUGGGAGGUCAAAAAGAAGAAGCCUCGUCAGCCCAGCGGUUCGAAGCAGACUGCAGAUCAGUCGGGUGGGCAGGAUGAUAAUGGCGAUUGGGAAGAACGACGUAACCAACGUGGUGGCGGCCCUCCGCGUAUGCGUGGUCGUGCCAAUCAUGACAAUCGUGGAUGGCGCGGACGAGAAAAUAAGGAGAACGAGAGGAACAUGGAAGAUGGUAUACGUGACGGCAGCUACAGCAGAAGAGGCAGGGGUGGAUCCGGAAGAUCGGGCCGUGGAUGUCGUAGCGGUGGUAGAGGUCUUGGUCCAAGAACAUUCGCGAACCGUAAUGAUCCAUCAUCUACCUCUACUGCUCAUGGUUUUAAUCGGCCCAUCGAAACCUGGACAGGCAGUGAGGAACAGCAGCAAAGUAUUCAAGAGCCAAAAAUGGAAGACUGGGACAACGAGGAGUACACUGGAUCUUUGGCGGACACCAAAGUUUUCACCCCGAGCACGAAUAUCCUCGAACCUCCGCCUGUUUCAGAAGAACAGAAGUCUCAAGAAUUAUCAUCCACGCAAUCGGGUCAGGGAGUUAAUCUGUCACUGCUUCAACAGGAGGAACUACCAAAAUUGUCGGACAUGUCUACGAUGCAGCAGCAGAGUUUGAUACAACCUCAGCAACAGCAAGCGCAACAACAACAGCAAGUAUUGGGCUUACCGACGAUGCAACUGUCACAACAACCCAGCGCUAUUAGUGGCGUACUAACAGCAGCACAAACUCAAUAUCUGACGCAACUUACUCAGCAGACAAGUGAAAACUUGAAAGCAGCUGCACAAACGUCGUUUUCGUCAUCUAUGUCCAGUCAGCCUCAGAGACAAACGAAACAACGCCCGAGAGUACCUCCACCGUCGAAAAUACCAUCGAGUGCGGUGGAAAUGCCUGGUGAUGCGGUGAACAGCGGAAUUGGCUUUCUCGAUGUGCAGUUCGGCGCGCUUGAAUUCGGUAGCGAUUCCAGCUCCCUCGACGGUUCGGCGAACGAAAAAUACAACUCCACAAGUAAUACGAUCGCCGGUGUAGACAUUUCUUCCGGUGCGAAUACUGCGAACACUGCCAAUACGAGUAAUUCGCUCGACAUCGAAACUACGCAGACUUCCACCACACCCUUUAACGCCAGCUCGCAGAUGUUACAGAGUACCGAUACUCUGCCGGCGUCUAACGAGCACACGAUUAGUUCCCAAAGUUUCUCUCGCGGAAGCAGCAGCGCCCAAAGCUUGGAUAUAACCAAGCAAGAUUUCACGUCGCAAGUCUCACCCGGAAAUGCGCCAACGUACGGUGGCACGACGACCUAUCAGCCGUCGCAAAAGUCAUCUUUCCAGCCGUCGAGUGGUACGCCGAGCACCUACAAUGCGUACUCGACUAAUAACCAGUCUCAGUCUAGCUUCCAGAAUGCGUCGGGCGCUAACGCGAGCAGCUAUUCCGCAACAGCGACAGUUUCACAGGCGAGUUACAACUCGUCGACGUCGUUUCCGCAAUCCAACGCGUCGAACUUCAGUCAACCCUCUCCUUCCGCAUCGGCGUCCGCAAGUUCCGGUUACAACCAGCCCACCACUAGUAGCCAGGUUUAUCCGUCCGCGAGCGGAUAUGUGCCGGCUACAACAUCGCAAUAUCCAGCGCAGACUACCAACACGGUAUCUAAUAGCAAUGCGGGAUAUCAAACUUACCAACCUCAAUAUCAGUCUUCUGUCACGACAUUCACCUCUCCAAUAACGCAGAGUUCCGGUUACCAGAGUGCCGCGCAGUCUGUUUACGCGAAUCCGUACGGCAGUUAUGCCAGCCAACCGCAGGCAACUCACAAUCACAAAUUGAACAGCACCGCGGCGAAGGAUUCACAAUACGACAGCAGUACGACGACGUCGAACAGUUCUCUUGCGACGACCAGUGCUCCAACGUUGGGUCUCACCUCGACGUCCGUCAACAGCUCGCAGACUAAGGUUACGAAUUCCAAUGCUGUUCCAAAGAGCACAUCGAGUGGAGUGGUGACGGGUAGCAGUGGUACCGGCAACAUGACAGGCGGCGGUGCGGCCGGAAGUAUGACGCCGAUGCUCAGUCACCAGUAUAUCAUGGGCCAGGCGGGUGUACCAUAUGCUGCUUUCCAGCAACCCGUGUACAGCUAUGAAGACAUACAACUUGUACAACAGAGAAUACCACACAUGCCAACUACUGGUUACUAUGACGCGGCUCUGGGCUAUCAGACGACCGGUCCCGCUACGAGUCUCGGUAGUGGCAGAGGUGAUGCUCUAUCCGGCGUGCAAGGCGUGCAGGGUGUCCAAGGAGUCCAGGGAGCCUAUACCAGUAUUAGCGAUGCCAGGUUCGCUAGAAACGACAGCAACGCGUCACCAGUUCCUUCCACCAUGUCGCAGCAGACCGCUACGCAGCAUCAGCAGCCGAUGAUAAAUCCUACUCUUCCUCCGGGAUACGCAUACGCAUUUACUUACGGUAGCGGGAUUAUGCCAGGAGGUUUUCAAUAUGGAACUCCUGCCAUUUAUCCGCAAAUAGCGACGGCCGGCAACGCCGGGACGAACAGCGGCGCGUACAGCGCUAAGCCGGGUAGUUAUGGAUCCGGUUACGGCGCCGGUGCGAGUUACGAUGCGCUGGCUUCCGCUGGUCCAUCCGGAGAGUAUAAGGGUGCCGGUAGCAGUUACACCGGGACCCAGACUGGUAAAACUGGCACUUCCACGGGCAACACUAACACCGCUGGCUCUUCCGCGACAGAUAUCAGCGCCACGAUGUAUGCCAAGAGUCAUGUCGCUCUUGGCAAAGUGAACUCUUACGAAAAACAAACUUUCCACUCGGCUACGCCACCACCGUUCGGUCUUACGGGUAGUCAAAACGCUGGCUUGCCCGGUGGUUACGGCGCCCCGCACUUAUUCAUCCCGACUAUACCACAUCAGCUGCACCAGCCGCUUCAUCAGGACGGCGGCAACAGCGGCAACCAAAGGUCCAACACGAGUUCGCAGAACAAAGCUCAAGCGAAGCCUGGAUACAGUCCUAGUUACUGGACCGGUAGCAAUUAAAACACACACGGAAAAAAAAGAUAAAUAAAAGACAAACUUUUAAACGCGAUGCAGACGAAGUAAGAAUCAUAACAUCCUACUAGUAAAAUAACAAAUCGUCCUUUGUUGUGAAGCGCGAUGAUGUGACAUAGAGACUUUGACGUUGUCAAUAGUUAAAAAAUGACGCAUAAAAACAUGAUAGACAAGAGACUUCACUUUUUUCGAGAAUUUAACACGAGUCAAUGCGGUAUGGAGAGUGAAUAACUUUUGAAAAUUGAAAGGUAUAUGCAAUUAUUGACCGGAUGCUUCCUUCCAAUGGUAAUGAACAACCAAUUCCUGUGUAUUAUGCUGUAUGCUACGUUCACUUGUACUUCUAUCUAUAAUUUAUUUGUUCAGUUCAGCACACUCGCAAACUUCUCCAAGAGACUGGCGUAGAGCGCGCGAUAUCACAAUAAAAUAACUCCUUGCAUUUUAUGCGGUGGUAUACGUGCAAAUCCUAUAUAUAAAAUAAUUUGCAUAUUCCUUCUAACUGUGAAUUGCACUCGUGCCAAAUGAAAUUGUAGCGUUUGUAAACGCGAUGGAUUGCGAAAGACGGAUUAUCUACGUCUCUAUUGAUCGUGAAUUCCCUGACGCGACCAUGUCACAGAAUUCAUGAUAAGUCAUCUGGUACGUCGUGCGAUAUGACGAAGCCAGUAUCGCGACCUUCUCGUAUGAUGCACCGGAAAAGAAAUUAGAAGAAUAACAUCCGUCGAGUUCGCACCAGAUCUCCCGUUUGUACAUUACAGUGCAAUUUCGAAUGUAAUUCUAUUUGACUGCUAAUUAUAGGGUGAUUAUAGUGUGUCUUUAUAUUGUUCUCUUUUCUUUUUCUCGUGUAUGUAAGCAUAUCUUGGCUUAAUAAAUAUGAAAAGCGUAUCUUUGUGAGGUAGCACAUGCGGCAGAGCGGUUUCCGUAAAAGGAGCGAAAAUAAUGGUGUGUACGCGUGAAACGUACGUAUACGCUUGUAUAAAUUUAUUAUCGCGUUUUGUAGCGGUUUUAUUUUUGGUAUGGUUCGCGUCAUAGUGAGACCUUGUGAAAAGUAUAAUCGUUGCACUCGCAUACAUUUCAUUUAAACGCGUUACGUAUCUUUGCGAUUAGUAUUGAUUUUUAUUACUCCUUAUUAAAUAUGCAUAUGUCUAUUCCAUAUUAUAUUGAAAUUAUUGCAUAUAAUCUCGGUUAAAUGGAGGACUAUAUAUGCAACUCGCAUUAUUUCUAAGUGUAGUUAAAAAAAUCAAAUAUGCUACAAGUAUGUAGUAAAAAUAGUGCUCAUUUAUUAUUUUUGUACCUGUCUUUAUCUUUUGUUUCGCGCGCGCUAGAUCCGCACAUUCGACUAAACUCGAAGCAAAACGAUAUAUAAGUCUUUUCAUAAAAUUGACAACAAUUACGAUUUACGUUUUAUUCUAUUAGCUCCUGAAUUAUGGAUUACAAGAGUAUAUCACGUUUCAAAUUAGUAUAUUUUUUAUGAAUAUUAUUGUAGUAAAAUGUUACUACACUUUUCGUUCUUCAUUCAUUGAUUUAGGUCAAUCCUUAGAGAGCUAUUUAAGUCAUGUAAUUGAUAAAAAUCAUAUUUAAAAUCAUAUAUAUGAUUGUCAAGAAAUUUGUUGGAAAAUAUUUGUUGGACAUAUUUAAAAACGUUACGGAUUAUCAUUUGGCAUACUAGUGCAUUUCUAGGUAUACCAAAAAAAAUAGAUAUUCGAUUUUUUUUCGAAAAGGAAAGAAUCGAUUGCUAGAUUAACAAGCUCUAAGCUUUAUCGUAUCUCGCAAAAUUUUCGAAGAAAAAUGUCAGUGACGUUAUCAAAUCAAAAGUUACAGCUUUUUUACGGUUCGCUCGAAACAGUAGCCGCAUAUUCGACGCUCGUUCAUGCAGAGCACGUGGUGCGCGCAGAGAGAGAGAGAAAAAGAUGACAUGUGUAUGAUGUUUUCCAUUGCAACAAACGAUCGUACACGUUCUUCGUUAUCGAGUAUACGCGGUAGGGACGAGCUAAAAAUUUGAGAAAUCGCGAACGAUUAAAAUGAAGACGAGACUUGACAUGACCGAUUAUUCAGACGAAUGAGCAUAUUAUAAUAACGACGUAUGUGCAGUAACAGUGAUUAACAGCGAUAUUUGUAUCUUUUUCAUUGUGAGAUUGUAAUAAAAAAAAAAAAGAAAGAAAGAAAGAAAGAAAAGAAGCCAUUAUCGAUUCCGUCUGGUGUACACAUUCGUUAAUAUUACAUUCAUGCUGAUUAGAGGUGCGCGAACUGUAUAGCUAUAUACAUAUUAAUCGGAACGAAAUAAUACACGUAUAUUGACCAACAAUGGAACACACAUAUUUUGAAGAUAUACUUUACAUUUUUGCAUUGUGAAUAAUGAAUGAUCGCGCAGAUAUUCCUCCAGUGAGAAAGAGAGAGAGAGAAAGAGAGAGCGAGAGAGAAAAAAAAAAGAAAGAACGAGAACAAGUUAAAAGCAAAAUACGUCGAACGAACGAGAGAAGUAAAAAUGUAUGUGAAGCGUUUUUCACAAAGGUGCUGUGAGAAUUGUUACGACUUGCGUGUACGAUAAAACGUGAGGAAUAAUGUUUCUUCUAGCACGAAUACUUGGACCGACUCAGGUCCGACGGUCGACAAAGCUUUAUCGCUAAUAUAAAAGCGAGAGGUAAAUAGUUGUAAGUAAACUCUUGUUAGCGAACUGCAUAUAUAUACAUAUAUAAAUAUAUAAAUACAUAAACUCGUAUAUAUAUAUAUAUAUAUACAUAAAAAAAAUGCGGUAUGAGUAGGAUGCGUUUUUGAAAAGAUCGGAAGACCAAAUGUAGAUUAGCUUCCUUUUUUUUCGGAGAAAAGUGUAAAUCUGUACUCAUAUGAAUUUCUCGAAAGAAAGAAAGAAAAAAAAGAGGGAGAAAAUCGGGCUACAUUAUCUUUGUCGUGGUCCCGCGAACGUGGACUACUAUAUUAUAGCCACUUAUUACGGAGUUAAAAAAAAGUACGCGUUCAAAUGUACACGCAGCCGGCAUCAACGAAGGAGCGAUUGAUGAACGACUCGGAGAAUCAAGUAACGUUUUCGUUCUGUCUUAGUGUAUGUUUCAUAGUCAACUUCAUCGUGUAUACUCGAAUCAAUUUAGGACAACAAAAGAAAGAUAUAUUAAGUGUAAUGUAUAAUGGAAAGUAAUGGGAAAAGAUGCAAAAUAUUAACGGGGGAAGCAAAGGCACGAAAAAAA